AGCUCCUGUCGGUCAGACCACUUUCCCCUGUCUCUCUCUUUCCUCCUCCUCCUCCUCUCCCAUUGUCCAGAGCCAGAGGCAGAGCCAGAACCAGAACCAGAGCCCAGCAUUCUGAGCAUCGGCCCCUUGGAUCGGAUCCCACUGAAGGAACAAGGAGACGGAAGAGAGAGAGAGAGAGAGAGAGGAUGUCGUCGUCGGACGAGGAGGGAGGAGGGGAGGAGUACCUUUUCAAGAUUGUCAUCAUCGGCGACUCCGCCGUCGGCAAGUCCAACCUCCUCUCCCGCUACGCCCGCAACGAGUUCAACCCCCACUCCAAGGCCACCAUCGGCGUCGAGUUCCAGACCCAGAGCAUGGACAUCGACGGCAAGGAGGUCAAGGCCCAGAUUUGGGACACCGCCGGCCAGGAGCGCUUCCGAGCCGUCACCUCCGCCUACUACCGCGGUGCCGUCGGCGCCCUCGUCGUCUACGACAUCACCCGCCGCUCCACCUUCGACAGCGUCUCCCGCUGGCUCGACGAGCUCAAUACUCACUCCGAUACAACAGUUGCUAGGAUGCUUGUUGGGAACAAAUGUGACCUGGAGAGUAUUAGGGAUGUGACAGUCGAGGAGGGGAAGAGUUUGGCAGAAUCAGAAGGGUUGUUCUUUAUGGAGACUUCUGCUUUGGAUGCCACAAAUGUCAAGACAGCAUUCGAGAUCGUUAUAAAAGAGAUAUAUAACAACGUGAGCAGGAAGGUUCUAAAUUCGGAUGCAUAUAAGGCAGAGCUAUCCGUUAACAGGGUAACCUUGGUUGGUAAUGGGACCGACGGAUCGAAGCGGAGUCAGAGCUUUUCUUGCUGUUCGAGGUGAUUCUGUAGGUGCGAGAUUCUUCCGAGUUCGAUGAUGGAAACUUCAUUGUCGAUUCUACUGGUCGAGCUGUCUGUCUGGUUUUUUGCUUGUUUUUCCUUCUCAUCAGGGGGGUUUUUUAAGGUGCUGUUACGGGAAAUUUUAUUCAAGAAUAUUUAAUAUAUCGAGUUGAUUUAGUUCAAGAUAUAUGUAGUAGCAAAGAAUAAGGUGGACCUGAGUUUUGUUUGUGUGGUUGGGAAUUAUGUCUGCAUAUUUUUGCCGAGAGGUAUGCAUAUUUUGUUCAUGACAGAGGCAAGAUAAAUGUAAGUUAUUUUCUUA